AUGCACGUCUCGGGUGCGGUGGAGCACGCUAUAAACAAUUCCCCUGGAGAAUCUGAAUACGAAGCGGCAUAUAUAAGGAGCUUGAAUAGACGUGGAGCUUCAAAAGGAGCCUCUCACCUGGUCAGUCGACUGCCUAUCGAGGCACCCGCACAACCUUGCGUGGCCCCCAUUGGUGGACGCGGAGGCACCUGCCUCACCUUAGGAGCCGGCCAAUGGGCCACUCACCUGUGCGGUCGAUCCGAAGGCGGGGCGCUCCACCUGUGCCGUGAGACGAAUUCAAGAUGCCUCGUCAAAAGACUGGCCUCCUUCUCAGUUUUGUCUUCGUUAACA